UAACUAUCUACAGACUCCAUUCAGACUUCAGAGCGAGGGAAACGAAUCGAGAGAGAGAGAGAGAGAGAAAGAUGUGCUACUGCUAUACGAAGCCUACCGUGCGUGGGAAUGGGAGGCCAGCCGUACGUGAGAAUUGGAGGCCAGCCAGAACGGCCGCUUCUGACACUCGGUAUACGAAGAAGGUUGAGGACGGGAAGUCUCGUCUCUCCACACUCAUCUUGUCUCAGGCUGCUGUGCAAUUGUUUAGUUUGUUGAACUUCGUGCCAAAGAAAGGGGGAAGUCUUGAUCGAGUAGCUGUUUCAUUCACUGUUCUCGCUUUUGUCUCCAUUUUAGUUGGAGAAUUAGGCCGAAGAUACAACAGAGUUAGCCUUCUGAUGUGUUACCUUGCUGCAUCGAAUUUGGCAAUCAUGAUAUCGCUUGGUUCUGCGGGUAGAACUAAGUUCUUGAUUGAGGUCAUCGGAGAUACAAGUGAGUGGAAAAAGAACAUGCUUCAACUUCUCACGAAUGUACCUAUUCUGCUUGGUUCGCUGCUACAAACACUCUCAUCCGGUACAACAAUUACUCUUACGGCUUACAUGUAUAGUCUUAAGAGAGCUUCCUGAUGGCCUUUUAUACCUUAUAUUACUCUGCAUGUCUCCACAUGUCAACAGCUGCUCUCUUUUGCUGGUUGUGCUUCCAUUUUUUUUAUGUAGGUUCCUUUCUGCUCAUGAGAUUUUGAAAACUGAGAAAUACUGUUUAAUACUUCCAUUGCAAUCGCUCUAAUUAGCUUUCUGAGGUCUUUGUUUGGUACCGUGACGUAUUCGAAAAAUAUUAUGUUUGGCAUAUAAGGCACAUUUGAGUAGUUUAUGUUCUA